UGUGGGUGUUGACAUGUCAGUGUCAGUUGGUCAGCUGAUUGCGGGUCGUAAAGCUUCUUGGCUAGUACUGUUAGCCAGCUUAGUUAGCUUAGCCUAGCUGGGUGUUUGUUUUUGUUAACGUUACCACGUAGGUAGCUUUUAACGUAGCCCAAAACUUUAAAAUAAUCUUAAUAAUUUAACGUAUUUUAAAGUGUUCGACAGUUGCUACCCGCUUGUUUUGCGGCCUGAAGUUGCCGUUAGUGAGGCGGUAAUUAUUGUGGCAGGGAGGGAAGGGUGAAGUUGCUCUCCGUGUAUCUGCAUUGCAGCCCGGUGCUGCUGAUGGAAUUCAAACACACAACAAUGGCGACUCCCAGUCCUAACAACCCAACAACACCUAGCAGCCACAACAGCAGCAAUAACGCGGGAUCUGCAACUAACCACCAUCACCAGUCCCAGUCUCAACACAUUACUACAAUGAGCAGCAUGCAGGAGUCCAACACCUGCUGGAGAUGUCAGAGUGAAACAGGCUUUCAGAUAAACCUGUCUGGAGCUCCCCCAAGUAAACGCAAAGCCCUGAAGCUGAACUUUGCCAACCCUCCGAUCAAACCUGCGACUAGAUUCACACUGAACACGGCGGGGCCGCCCUUUCAAAACCCGCACAUAGAGAGGCUGAGAACACACAGCAUCGAGUCAUCAGGAAAGUUGAAGAUCUCCGCGGAGCAGCACUGGGACUUCACGGCCGAGGAUCUCAAAGAUUUGGGCGAGAUCGGCCGCGGGGCUUACGGCUCCGUCAAUAAGAUGGUGCACAAGCCGAGUAACCAGAUCAUGGCGGUCAAGAGAAUUCGGUCAACAGUUGAUGAGAAGGAACAGAAGCAGCUGCUGAUGGACUUAGACGUGGUCGUGAGAAGUAGUGAUUGUCCUUACAUCGUGCAGUUUUAUGGUGCUCUGUUCAGAGAGGGCGACUGUUGGAUUUGUAUGGAACUUAUGGCUACCUCGUUAGACAAAUUUUACAAAUUUGUAUAUUGCUCAUUAGACGACGUGAUUCCAGAGGAAAUAUUAGGAAAAAUAACAUUAGCUACUGUGAAGGCACUUAACCACUUAAAAGAAAACUUGAAAAUAAUACACAGAGACAUUAAGCCGUCAAACAUCCUCCUGGACAGGAACGGCAACAUAAAGCUGUGUGACUUUGGCAUCAGUGGUCAGCUGGUGGACUCUAUCGCCAAAACCAGAGAUGCAGGCUGCAGACCCUACAUGGCACCAGAGCGAAUAGACCCCAGUGCGUCCAGGCAAGGCUACGACGUGCGCUCAGAUGUUUGGAGUUUGGGAAUCACACUGUAUGAGCUGGCCACUGGGCGGUUUCCCUACCCAAAGUGGAACAGUGUGUUUGACCAGUUGACCCAGGUGGUGAGGGGAGACCCGCCACAACUCAGCAACUCGGAGGAGAGGCGCUUCUCUCCCAAAUUCAUCUCCUUUGUCAACGUGUGCCUUACAAAGGAUGAGUCGAAAAGGCCAAAGUACAAGGAGCUACUGAAAGACCCGUUCAUCCAGAUGUACGAGGAGCGCUCGGUCGAUGUAGCUGGUUACGUCUGCAGGCUCCUGGAUCAGAUGCCAGCGUCUCCCAGCUCACCUAUGUAUAUGGACUGAUAGCAGGACAAGACAGAAAUACAUCAUUAAAUAUACACCAGUCUGCAACAAUAAAGACAUUAAAAAAAAAAAGACAACAACGUAAACAAAACAAAUCCUCGUGUAAAUUUGCUUGGUCCCCUUAUUGCAGUGUUAAAAGAGAAUUGUAUAGCCUAAAAAAAAUAAUAAUCACCAUUUGCAAUAAAAGUGGUGUUCAUUUCAGUCAUGUCUGUAUAAUAUAUCAACGUUAAGCACUUCUGUUUCUCUCUUGUUCACAAACACACAGACGCACAGUCAUGUAAGUAUAAUAGCAGCUGAAUCAAUCAAUCAUGGUCUUGACUCAUCUUGAUGAGGACGCAUCUCAGUGGUUAGUACAGUGAUUUAAGAAAAAAAAAAAAAAGAAAAUAACCUGGAACAUGUAUUUAUAGAACCAAAAUCAUGUGGAGUAUUUGAUUUGGAGCUUCUUCAACAUACUGGAAUCAUGCUCUUUGUGAAUUGUCCCACCUCUUCCAUGUAUGUAAAUGAAAGCAUUGUGUUUGGUAUCUUAAUGGAACUUUGCUUCUCUGGGUAUAAAGCAGUUUAAAGUGUUCGUGGUCAGAAUCAUGUUAGACCUGCAGUCCAGUCAGUGCUGAAAGGCUGCUGUCCUCACUGUGCAAGGACUAUAUGCUGAUAUAUGAAUAAAGGGAGAGAAAGGAAAA